CCUCCCCCAGGUCUCUAUCCAGCCUAUGACAGACCUGGCCCGGCUCAGGAGGAGGUGAGCAGGUGACCAUGGCGAUCAGCCUCUCUGCCUCGUCCAUUGCCAACAACUGGCUCCCAAGCUACCCUGAGGGUGCCUGCGGUGAGAGAGAGCACUUUGUACCGUACUCGUCGGACCAGGUGGUCAUGACCGGCAGAGCCCGCAAAGAGGCGGUGCAGGCCGCGGCCCGGGAACUCCUCAAGUUCGUGAACCGGAGCCCUUCUCCUUUCCACGCUGUGGCUGAGUGCCGCAGCCGCCUCCUCCAGGCUGGCUUCCAUGAACUCAAAGAGACGGAGAGCUGGGAUAUCAAGCCAGAGAGCAAGGUACUUGGGGUGGGGUGGGGGCAGAGAAGCAUGUUCCUAGGCUGGGGCUCAAAGUCCUUUGUGCCCUUUGUUGGGGGGGGCGGCCCUGUUCUGGGCACCGGUUUCUGCCUCCUUGGGGCCCACCCGGCCGGCCCGUGCCUGCAGGUGAAACGGCGGUCCCGCCGCAGCCAGGUGGGAUUCCAGCAGGUUGGUGUGGAGACCUAUGGUGGUGGGAUCUGGAGCACCUGGUUUGACCGGGACCUGACCUUGGCCGGACGAGUCAUUGUCAAGUGUCCUACCUCAGGCCGCCUGGAGCAGCGCCUGGUGCACGUGGACCGGCCCAUUCUCCGCAUCCCACACCUGGCCAUCCAUCUGCAGCGAAAUGUCAACGAGAACUUCGGGCCCAACAUGGAGAUGCACUUAGUCCCCAUUCUUGCCACAGCCGUUCAGGAGGAGCUGGAGAAGGGAACUCCUGAGCCUGGACCUCUCAGUGCUGCGGAUGACCGGCACCACUCGGUCCUCAUGUCCCUUCUCUGUGCCCAUCUGGGACUGUGCCCCGAGGAUAUCUUGGAGAUGGAGCUCUGCCUUGCUGACACCCAGCCUGCGGUCCUGGGCGGUGCCUACGAGGAGUUCAUCUUUGCCCCUCGGCUGGACAAUCUGCACAGCUGCUUCUGUGCCCUGCAGGCUUUGAUCGACUCCUGUGCAUCUCCUGCCUCUCUGGCCGCGGAGCCCCACGUGCGCAUGAUUGCUCUCUACGACAACGAAGAGGUGGGGUCCGAGAGCGCCCAGGGGGCACAGUCGCUGCUGACAGAGCUGGUGCUGCGCCGGAUCUCGGCCUCAUCCCAGCACCUGACGGCCUUCGAGGAAGCCAUCCCCAAGUCCUACAUGAUCAGCGCAGACAUGGCCCACGCCGUGCACCCCAACUACCUGGACAAGCAUGAGGAGAACCACCGGCCCUUAUUCCACAAGGGCCCGGUGAUCAAGGUCAACAGCAAGCAGCGCUAUGCCUCGAAUGCAGUUUCAGAGGCCCUGAUCCGAGAGGUGGCCAGUAAUGUUGGGGUGCCCCUGCAGGAUCUCAUGGUGCGGAAUGACUCUCCCUGCGGAACCACCAUUGGACCUAUCUUGGCUUCUCGGCUGGGGCUGCGAGUACUGGAUUUAGGCAGCCCCCAGCUGGCCAUGCACUCCAUCCGGGAGACCGCCUGCACCUCAGGAGUGCUCCAGACCCUCACCCUCUUCAAGGGCUUCUUUGAGCUGUUCCCUUCUCUGAGCCGUAACCUCUUAGUGGAUUGAGGCCUCUUGGAAAGACUUCUCUUGCACUUGAGAAGUUGUCAGCUGAGCUGAAGCUGGAUUAUUAAAGUGGAUUUUUCACUCAGA